CUCAGAAUAUAUAUUUGUGUUUUGAGCAGCGAUGAAAAACCCGCUGUUGGCGGUGAAGAGGAUUUGAAGAAUUUAAUCUGUUUUUCACCUGAGUAAAACCUUUGGAUUAUACUUGUGAAGACAUGAUGAGUGCUGAGCCGGAUGCAGAGCCAAUCAGCUACUGUCCCUCCACCAUGCUGGGCAGCGAGGACAGCGAAGAAGACACCAGUCAGGAGGAGCCUCCAAUCACGAGCUGGAAUGAGCUGUCCAUCAUAGAGCGCGUGGGCCUCAACAGUGUCGAGAUGUCAGAGAAAGAUCUGGAGACGGCCUUCUCUCAGAUCGCCCUGGCCUUCCGCUGUGAUCAGUACACCCUGAAGCAGAGGCUGCAGGCGGAGGAGCACGCCCGCAACCUGGCUGAGGAGAACAUCCAGCUGGAGCUGAGCAGAGGCAGGGAGACCCUGGAGACCCUGAAGGGCCUGUGUCUGGACAGUAAGCGCAGCAGGAUCCUGCAGAGGCUCGAGCUGUCUCUGGACAUCCUCGGUGGGACUGUGGAACGAAUCUCCAACACGGCUGAGGUGCUUGGUGCGGUUCACCAGGAGGCUCGGGUGAGUCGGGCAGUCGAGCUCAUGGUGGCUCACGUGGAGAAUCUGAGGAGGCGACAUGACAGAAACAUGGCAGAGCUGGAGGAGGCCCAGAAGGUGAUCCAGCAGCAGAGCUCCUGCAGAAACGCCAUCGAUCCUCUUGCUGCAGAUCCAGAGGACAUUGCCAACAGAUGGAAAAGCUCCCAGCCAAAUAGCAAUUUCCGUCGAAGGGUCAGCAUAUCGUUAAUUCCCCCGGAGAAGAUAUCGCGAGACUUGAAGAAAGGGGCCACUCAUGGAGGAUCCUCCAGCAAGAAGCCUGUCCGCUCCUGCCCAUCUCCCCCCCUGAGCUCUGAGUCCAGCUGCUCGGCCAUGACCAAGGACGAUUGCUGCUCAGUGGACGACAGGCCACUGGAUCCUGAUGAAACUCCGUCAGAAGCUUCAGCUGCUCAGCUUCCUCCGCAGCCCCCUCCCACCCCCAGCCCGGAGUGCCUCCCAGCAAAACAACUGGCCACCAAAAAGAUGCAAAGUAAAACUUCCCCUCUGGACACUUUGCGACAGAGACACAAGGGUAAAUCUGCGCUAUCGAAGAAAAAAGCAGACAAGGAUAAAAAGAGCACCAGUAUUUACCGCCGGCUCUCUGGGGCCACGUAUGGCUCUUCGUGGAGACAGCGUCCUCUGGCUCACUGGCUGUAUCGCUGCCGCUGGGUGCUCCUCUGCAUGUACCUGUCUGUGCUUUUCUGUGUCGUCACGUUGACGUACUUCUUGCUGGAAGCUUCGUGACGGAGCGUCGCUGCUCUGGAACACAGUUAUCAGGCCGUCGUCUAAAUUCUGUGACUGCACUGUAAACAUGACCGGCUGAUACGCCUGCGCCAGUCUGGGAAGCUCUUUGUAUUUGAAUACAAAACAUUUUGAUGUAAGACUUGUGUUUGUGUUCUUUUAUCUCAGAAAAUUGACAUGAACUUCACUUUCAG